AUGGGACUCCCGUGGCAAUUGCUUUUGCUGAUCAUUUCUUGUUUGGGUUACGAAGCAGGCGUUCUGAAGGGCGCCGUUGGGUUCGCCUGCAACUGGGGAACGCGCUCCUCGCACCCGCUCCCGCCGGACAUAGUGGUCAAAUUGAUGAAGGACAAUGGGUUCAACAAAGUGAAGCUCUUCGAAGCCGACCCCGGAGCUCUUCAAGCCCUCGGCAAUUCUGGCCUCCAAGUUAUGCUUGGUGUGCCUAAUGAAUUCUUGGCCCCCCUUGCCACUAGUGUACGUGUUGCUGAGAAUUGGGUCUCCAAAAAUGUCUCCUAUUUCGUUUCCAAUUUUGGCACCGAUAUCAGGUAUGUGGCGGUGGGGAAUGAACCUUUCCUAAAUGCGUACAACGGUUCAUUCCUUCAAACCACAUUUCCGGCGCUGCAGAACAUUCAGGCGGCGCUGAUAAAGGCCGGCUUGGCGCGGCAAGUGAAGGUCACAAUCCCUCUAAACGCCGACGUUUACGAGACCGAAAACGGCCUCCCCUCCGGCGGCAACUUCCGGCCGGACAUCCGCGAUCUGAUGGUCAACAUCAUCAAGGCAAAUUGCCUGCCAUGGGAAUGGGAUCACCUUGCUCCUCGCGCUCUUGAUUUUGAUUCUUAA